CUGGGCUGUGUUAACGACGACAUCGACGACGACCGCCAGGACGCAGGAACGGAUGACGAUUGCUUUGAAGGUGUAGUCAAACAACUUCACUUGUAAAUUUGGAGUGCUAAAGAAAAAGGUACAGACUUUGGUAUUGAAGGAAAUGAAGAGAAACAUGAAUGAAAAUUCAACUCGAAGUACAGCAGGCUGUUUGCCUGUACCAUUGUUCAAUCAGAAAAAGAGGAAUAGACAGCCAUUAACUUCUAACCCACUUACAAAUGAUCCAAGUAUCAGUACUGCUUCUGACAGUUAUGAUUUCCCUCUUCUACCAGCAGAUUGGACCUGGGAAGCUGCGAAUCCAGAGUUGCCUCCUUUAAUGAAAACAGUGAACACAGGGCAAAUGGCACAUUCAGUUUCUCAACCCCCGAGAAGUCAAGAUUCUGUGUCUAAGUCUAUUCAAUCCAAUACUGAAAGAAGCAAGAGUAGUUGGAGCUACAGAGAUGACAAAAAAAAUACUAGCUGGAAAACUUGGGAUAGAAAUGAUUUUAGGCCCCAAUGCGAAAAGACAAACUUAGUGGCAAAUGAUGGAAUAAAUUCUUGUCCAAGGAGUUGGGGAACUCAACAACAGAAACAGUUGAGAAUAUCGGAACCUCCUAACUCAUCUCACCAAAGAGAAGCUGAAGUACUCAGACAAACACAUUCAUCAAAAAUAUCUGGCUCCACAAUGAGAGGUCUAGACAAAAACAGAGCAUUACAGGCAUUUAAGCCCAAUUUUCAACAAAAGCAAUUUAAGAAGAAAAUGUUGGAUGAUAUUUCAGAAGAAAGCACUCUCAAGAAGGAAUCCCCAUUGUUUCAACUAAAGCUUAAGGAAAAAGAUAAUUCUUUAAGAAUUAUAUCUGCAGUUAUUGAAAGCAUGAAGUACUGGUGUGAACAUGCACAGAAAACUGUACUUCUUUUUGAAAUAUUGGCUGUUCUCGAUUCAGCUGUUACACCUGGUCCAUAUUAUUCAAAGACUUUCCUCAUGAGAGAUGGGAAAAAUACCCUGCCUUGUGUAUUUUACGAAAUAGAUCGUGAACUUCCAAGACUGAUUAGAGGCCGAGUUCAUAGGUGUGUUGGAAACUAUGACCAGAAAAAGAAUAUUUUCAAAUGUGUUUCUGUCAGACCAGCAUCCGUUUCUGAACAAAAAACUUUCCAAGUAUUUGUUAAAAUUGCAGAUGCUGAGAUGAGGUAUUAUACUAAUAAAAUGAAUGAAAUUUAAAUAGUGAUGAAGGAAGUUUAAAUAGUAUAAUUUAAAGCAUUUUUUUAUUGUUUAAGUUAUCAUCUCCAUGGUUUUAUAGCUACUGUUUUUCUGUAUUUCAUAUGUUGAAUUAAAAUAUUUCAGUACUUUUAAA